AUGACCAAACGGUACAAACUUCAGCCACUAGCUGAGAAGUCGCAGGUUCUACUGUCUUUCGGGAUUCGUGUGAUGCACAUUGCCGGCGUUUCUCAACAAAGAUGGAACAGCUGUACAAUGCUUCUCGGAGCUAAGGCAGACGUCGAGAAAUACACUCAUUUGCAAAUCAAUUUGGUUUUCACGAAGGACUCAAUUGAAUCUCUCGUCUAUGAUAUUCUAAAACUGAAUGUGCUGCACACAGGCCGCCUCAUGAUUCAAUUGGCAUGA